AUGUCUUUCCACGAAUCGUGUCUGGACAUUCGUAUCGAAGUCCGUGACGGUUACACUGUACUUCUCGCCGGAGCUGGGGUUGGUGGUGACGAGUAUGUUCCUGCGGAGUUAAAUCUUGACGAUGGCAUCGGUAAUAGUGAUGGUUUCUUCAGCCGGGAUGGCGCCAAUUUCACAGACAGCGCUCAAAACAUUGAUCUGUCAUUCCGGGACGAUGGCGUUUGGUUAGAGGCAGAUCUUCCAGAAGUUGAUGGGGGGGAAAGAGGGCGCCAGGGCAUCAACUUGUCCCAACACAUCGAGAACCAGGGUGGCAAUCUUGUCUUUAUUGUAAGUUGGCUAUAG